AUGUCUCUGGCUGAGACGCAGGAGGAAGGGAUAAAAGUGGCACUCUGCGGCCAAGACGGGGCUGCAAUAAUCGUAGUGGGUGGUGGGGACUACCACAUACGGGGUUUGGGUGUGAGGUCUAUACUCGAUUUGGGCUGGGACAGAACAGGACAGAACGGAUCAACAGGACACAGCGCUGCCGAGGGAGCAACACAACGCUCAGUUUGGCACAAGUCGUCCAAUCCUGCCCCCGUCUUCAAAAGCCCAGUUUCGUUCUGCGUCCUGUUCGGUCCCUCUUCUCCUCCUACUCCCUCCAAUUAUCGCCAUCCACAUCAACAUCUCGCAAAUCUGGACUUUGAGGCUCGCGUCCCCGUUCCCUUCAGCAUCUUCCCAUCGACAUAUCGGGAAUCCGAAUCCCAUACCCAGACCGUUACCGAAACAAAAACCCACGAAGAGGUUGAGAUCAAACCCCAACAGCCCCAAGCCGGACGGGAAGGUCAAUACUCUUCUGUCUCUGUCACCGCCGAACAGGUUCCUCCUCGCGGAGAGCAACGCUUUAGCGAAGAAGAGGUCCGUAUUACGCGUGAAGAAGAACGUUACCGCCGUCCCGGUGUCCAAAAAUUCGAGCACGAAGAAGAGCACUUUACUAUCCGUGAAGACUCGCGACGACCUGAACCUCCCUCUCAAUACCAACCCUCUCAGUACCAACCACCCUCCCAAUACCAAACUUCUCACACUCACGUAGAGGUCGACACCCACCGUCAUCCCUACUACUCCACUCCCAUCGAUCUCGCUGAACGUGAAUACCGCCAGCGUUACCGCCCUGCCCAAGCCUUUUCCACUGAAGACCCUACUUCCCACUCUCACUCUCACUCCCACCACCAAACUCAAGACAACUUCAAAGCCAACAACUACACCGUUGAAGGCCGACCCGCUCCUCAAUUCUAUUCCUCCGAGAAGACUGAAAUCAACAACUUCACUGUUGACGGACGCUCAUCUCACCCUCAGUACAACCAGACCGAGAAGACCGAGUUCAACAACUUCACUGUUGACGGCCGAUCUUCCCGACCUCAAUACACUUCUGAGAAGACUGAAAUCAACAACUUCACUGUUGACGGCCGCUCUUCCCAGCCUCAAUACCGCGACACCAAGACAACUCAGGUCAACAACUUCACCGUUGAUACACCUGUUGCUCGUCCAUCUAACAAGAAGGACGUUAGAUUCACUGAAGAAACCGUCGAAACUACCAAGGUCGACAACAACAAGUCCAAGAUGGGUUACUACGACGACGACGGUCACUACAACUCUUUCCGCGCCGGUGCUCACAAGCUCGGUGAUCGCAUUGCCCAUGGAGGCCGCCGCGAUAUUGAGAUUGACAUUCACGAGGGUCCUCGUCCCUCUGCUGACUGCCUCCCCAACACCGUCAGCAUCCCAUGCCACCACAUCCGUCUGGGUGACUUCUUGAUGCUCCAGGGCCGCCCCUGCCAGGUCAUCCGCAUCUCCACCUCCUCUGCCACUGGUCAGUACCGCUACCUUGGUGUCGAUCUCUUCACCAAGCAGCUCCACGAGGAGUCCUCUUUCAUCUCCAACCCUGCCCCCAGCGUUGUCGUUCAGUCCAUGCUCGGCCCUGUCUUCAAGCAGUACCGCGUCCUCGACAUGCAGGAGGGUCAGAUCGUUGCCAUGACUGAGACCGGUGACGUCAAGCAGGGUCUCCCUGUCAUUGACCAGUCCAACCUCUACUCGCGCCUCAGCAGCGCUUUCGAGUCCGGCCGUGGCUCCGUCCGUGUCCUCGUCCUCAACGACGGUGCUCGUGAGCUCGCCGUUGACAUGAAGGUCAUCCACGGCUCUCGCCUGUAA